AUGCAAAACCAACCCAGUCAGCUGUGUCAAGCGCACCCACAAGAGCAGACGAAGGCGAAAGGCGCUAAACAGGCUUCGCAAGGCUUGGCUCAACUCAACUCAACUUACAUUCAAAUGGCUGACGGUGGCGGCGGCUGCCUUACCACACUGCGUUCAAUUGUUUUCAUUCUCAAUCUAUUUUUUUGGUUGGCUGGAUUGGGCAUACUUGGUCUGGGAUUAUGGCUUCGAUUCGAUGGAGCUGUAUCAGAACUGAUCGCGCUUCAUGGCGAUACAAAUAAUUUUUAUAUUACGUGUUAUUUGCUGAUUGCGGCCGGUGCUUUGAUGACGAUCAUUGGAUUCUUGGGAUGUUGUGGUGCAUGGAGAUUGAAUCAGAGCAUGCUCACAUUGUUUGAAUGCUGCGGUGUAAAAUCGUAUCGUGACUGGUUACAUUCAUCAUGGGGUCACGACGUAGUAGGACGUACCGAACUAGGCAUUGGCUCGUCAUCCAUUGGAAAAGUACCACGAUCUUGCUGUAACGAAGAUGGCCUCAGGGAUUACCCCACCAACUGUGGUGUUAGUUUCGAUAAGUUGGAAUUAUGGACUUACGAACCUUUCUUACAUACGAAGGGCUGCAGUGAUGCACUAUAUGAAGCAGUUUACACUAAUCUCGAUAUAGCUAUAGCAGUAUGUGUUAUAAUUGGAGCGUUACAGAAGCCGAAUUGUUAG